CUUUCCGGGAAUACUAAAUCGGCGAAACCGCAAUACCAGAUAAAAGGACUUACAAGAGAACGACGCAACGGAAAAUGUCCAGCGUCCUGGAGUGCAAUCCCGUUGAUAAUUUAGACAGUGUUAACCAAGUAUUAGAGUCAUACCUGGAUGAACUCGACCUGUGGCAGAGGGAAGUGGACAAUAUAAGGAUAAUGCACCAUGAAGUUUGGAAAGGCAGCAGAUUAUCGCCCUUGAUCAAGCAACACCGUGCUGGCAGCAGAGUUGAAAAACAGACAAGAAUCUUACCCAUCGGUGGUCAGACAGAUGUUGAUUAUAUGUUUGAGGUCGUGGGGGCUCAGGUGCUUUGCAAUGGUACCCAAGAUUUUAUAUACUUCAAGUCUUGUUCUCGCCAAAACUCUGACAUUGAUACCAAAUAUGACACGUCGAGCUCAUUUGGUAGGAUUUACGUAAGUGAGGCUUACAAAGCCUAUUUAGAAGGUCAUGAAAUGUAUGGGAAGAUAUUUGCCGAGGCCAUGAGUUUUGACCAAACAGAGAAUGCGUUCUUACUCAUUCCUGGAAGGUUUAAAGAGAAUGUUGUGCAAAAUUGUGGAUUAGAUUACACACGAAACGAAGCCCUUCCUUCUACCAUCAGUCCUUCGAUAUCUGGGCAAGGUGCAAUGAAUGAAUAUGAUGGCGUCCCUUGCCUCAAACUCGCUAGUUGGCCACGAGAAGCCUUGAGUUGGAUACACCGUCAAAACCGUAGUGACGCAAUUUUUCAAAAUGAAUGGAAAUCAGAAGUUGUUAAAAAUAUCCCUCUAUUCCUUGUCCCAACCGGAAAUCCAACGUCUAAGGAACAGGACAUGCAGUUCCGGCUCUCGUUUUCCAUGGUUGAAAUAGCCUGCUUUAAAAAAAUGACAGCUCCAAUGAGGAAACUGUACGGUAUUGUCAAGUAUGUUUUCAAGACUUUAUUCCAUGAGAGCGGUCUUCUGAGCUCUUAUCAUCUCAAAACACUGAUGCUGUGGAAGAUUGAUCAAACGCCUGCUGAGGAAUGGACAUCCAAGAAAGCAACAGAGUUUAUCAUAGAAAUGAUGGAAGAUGUUUACCAAGCUCUGAAUGAUGCUAACAUCCCUCACUUUUUCGUUGAAAAUUGUAAUAUUUUUCCGGUCCAUAAAAUCACGGAUGAAAAUGUUCUUGAAUACGCAAAAAUUUUUCAGAAUAUUCCAUGUCGGUUGCAAGUGAUUCUGGGAAAUCUCCUACGGCAAGAUUUGGGUGUUCCAUCUAGUGAGAGGUGGCUGAGUUUAGCCAUGGUCAAGCUGAAAAGUAGUCGCCAGACAAGGUUAGAAGCAUACAUAGAUGGCUACUUGACAAGACUGCUCAGCGUCAUUACCUUCUCUCUGACGGAGAACUUCAUGCAGACCCGUCAGCAAGGAGAAGCAUCCUGGGAGGAGAUGGAAAGGAUAUUUGCUAAGUACGACCAUGACCAUCACAUCAGCAGAAUCAUUGACAUGGUAAAUUCCUGCAUCUGUCGUCUCGAGCCAAGUUCCAGAGUCAUUCGUUCGAGAAUUACCCCAGAACACUCUUCUUGUAAAGCAGAUGAAAUGAGCCGACUAGUCCAUGAAGCAUUCGAGGCUUACACCAAAGGAAGCUUUUCGACAGCCAUGGAAUACAUAAGACAUGCAGAUUUACUUCCACAAUCUUGUCAUAAAACAUUAGAAGGUAUUGGAAUUUCAGUUACCAAAUUUCAUAAAUGCUUACUCCACGACAAACCGAUACUUAACGUCAUUGAGAUCCUUGAAAGUGAACACGACGGAAGGUGCCCAAGAUUUUACUUGGCUCCAUGUUUACUGUCACAACACUUGAAAAUCCAGCUGCAAUUAAAGUCACUGCUACAUAAUAAAACAGCUCUUCAGCGAAAGCUUGAUAAGCUCCAAAGUAACGUCGUCCAAGGACUGUCGCCUAACGAGCCAUAUCCUGGAAGACUCUCCUACAGAUUUUCAGGCGUUUACCUCUUACGCGGAUAUGAACGAUUCAUUCGUGAUCAUGAACUUUCUGUCUCGGUCACUAUUCCAUCAGAAACAUUCAAUCAAAAACGUUUCGCCACAAAUUUUAACUUAAAAUAACUGACUUACUAAAUACAUUAAGUGUAAACGCUAAAAUUCAAGAAUCAAGGCGUCUGUGCAGAUUUGCUUAGAAAGUGCAAAAUUCAUAUCAGCCUUGAGUGAAGGGUAUUUUGGCUCUAAUGAAAAAUGGGAAAAUUUCCGUCCAAACAGAAGUUAUCUAAUCUUUUAGGAUACUUUCUUUCAGCGCCUUAAGGCAGCAAAGGCGUUGAGAUCUCGUCUAACCCGGCAAAUCCAAGGAGAAAGAAUUGGCAUGUCUAGAGCGUUUUCCUCCCAUAACUACUCCCCGGAAUUGAGCAUUUGUGUAAAGAAAUUGCAUAGUGUUCUCCGGCAGUUUGUAUUAAAAGACGCAUUUUUUAAUAACUGUGGGGGUAUUUUGCGAUAAUUUACAUAUUUAGUCAUAGGUAUUGAAUUCGUAAGUUACUACAAUGUGCCGCAACCCUGAUUACAAAGUGCGUCGUUAAUUAUAAAAAAAGAAGAAAAACUGCCGCAGAACACUUACCGCAAUAAAUGAAGUAUAGGUGCCAUUUCCAAAGAAAUUCACCUUCAGUCUCUUUUUCAUUUUUCACUAUUCUGGAGUCGAGUCCUCUUAAUCACAGACUAUGAAUACAAUAUCAUAUUUUUCUUUUCUUUCGUAGGCAGUUUCCUUGGAAGUCUGACAUGAUAAUGCAUUUAAGUUAGUCGAUUCUGUAUUGAACAGAUUAGAACAACCUACGGCCGAGCAAAAAAAUAUCCCAGGGCAAGCCCUGGAAAAGCUCGUAAACCACGAACUUACAAGCUUUCCUCGGGUUCUCCCAACAUCCCACGUUGGUUUAUCACGUUAAAGAGCCCGGGAAAAUGUGUUCUAUUGCUAAGUAAACAGAAUGUGUACAGUACUUAGAAGCGAGAACCACCUAAUCUCUCUGUAAUUUUUGUUCCUCGCAGUAAUAUGA